AUGGUGUUCAAUAUAGUUGAAACUGAAACUUCAGUUGAAGUCUUUGGGACCACACUCUACAACAAUGAGCUUGCUCUCCAUUGUGAAGUCAGCCUCAAGAAGCUGGGGACCUGGCUCCUGCCUCCACUAUACUCCCUGGUGUUCAUCAUUGGCCUGCUGGGCAACGUGAUGGUUGUGGUGAUCCUCACAAAGUACAGGAGGCUCCGAAUUAUGACCAAUAUCUACCUGCUCAACUUGGCGAUUUCUGACUUGCUCUUUCUCAUCACGAUUCCAUUCUGGAUUCACCAUUCUGGAUGGAAUGAUUGGGUUUUUGGCCAUUACAUGUGCAAACUCCUCUCUGGAUUUUAUUACCUGGCUUUGUAUAGCGAGAUCUUUUUUAUCCUCGUGCUGACGAUUGACAGGUACCUGGUCAUUGUCCAUGCUGUGUUUGCCCUUCGAACCCGGAAAGUGACACUUGCUGUCAUCACUAGCAUCGUCACCUGGGGCUUGGCAGGGCUGGCAGCCUUCCCUGAAUUUGUCUUCCAUGAGUACCAACAUGAUUAUGGAGAGUCUGACUGCAGACCUCUUUAUCCAGAGGGAGAGCAGGACAGAUGGAAGCGUUUCCAUGCUCUGAGAAUGAACAUCUUUGGUCUAGUUCUCCCGUUCCUCAUUAUGGCUUUCUGCUACUCAGGAAUCAUUAAAACUCUGCUGAGAUGCCCCAAUAAAAAAAAGUACAAGGCCAUCCGGCUCAUUUUCGUCAUCAUGGUAGUCUUUUUCAUUUUCUGGACCCCAUACAACCUGGUUCUCCUUCUCUCUGCUUUUUACACCAAGUUUUUUGAUAACAGCUGUGAACAGAGCAAACAUCUGGACCUGGUCUUGAAGGUGACCGAGGUGAUCGCCUACACUCACUGCUGUGUCAACCCAGUCAUCUAUGGUUUUGUUGGAGAGAGGUUCCGGAAACAUCUUCAGGUCUUUUACCAGAGGCAUGUGGCAAUCUACCUGGGAAAAUGCAUUCCAUUUCGUCCUAGCACAAAAGUGGAAAGAACUAACUCUGCCUCGCUGGUAGCAAGGGAGAUGGAAAUGUUUGCGACACUGUAG